AUGUCUGAUACCGAAGAGAAUGCCUCCAGUCUUGGUAAAAGGCCUCGUAGCGACAACGAACCUACAGAAACUGCGACUCCCGCCCAAGCUGAUGUCGAAGAGUCUGACGAUGAGGACGUCGGACCGAUGCCCAUGACCGGGGUAGAAGUACAGAAAAAGCGAAGAAAGGGUGCAAAAUGGUCAGUUCUACCCCACGAGCGACUUUUCCUCGAGCAUCUACCCAGUGCCGACCAAUAUUACAAGAGUUUUAUGCACCGAGAUGUCAUCAAUUUCUGCGUAAUGACCAAAACGGACUUCCUCAUUACCUCUUCUAUUGAUGGACACGUCAAGUUGUGGAAGAAGCAGGACACUGGUAUCGAGUUCGUGAAGCAUUACCGCGCGCACCUCCGACCCGUCACUGCGGUCUCUGCUAGCGCCGACGGUCAGAUAUUUGCAAGUGUUUCUGAAGAUGGUACAGCGAAAGUGUUCGAUGUUAUCAAUUUCGAUAUGAUCAACAUCAUAAAGCUAGGGUUCACACCUUCGACCUGCUGUUGGGUACACCGUAGAGGUCAAGCACAAGCCCUGCUAGCUGUGACGGAUUCUGCAUCGGGUAGCAUCAAAAUUUACGACGGUCGAGGGAACGACACCCCAUUGAUGUCUGUUGAUGACUUACAUCGUUUCCCCGUGACGGUCAUGGCGUAUAGCGACAGGUACGAUACUGUCAUUUCUGCCGAUAACCAGGGGUUUCUGGAAUACUGGCAACCGCGGGAGCCUUUUGGGCUGCCAAAGAACGUUCCGGGACUGUGGCAAUUUAAAAGCCAAACAGACCUAUACGAUUUCAAGAAGGCAAAAUCGACACCAACAUGCAUAACGCUCUCACCGGACUCAUUGUCUUUCGUCACAUUCUCUCUGCCAGACCGUCAAAUCAGGAUAUUCUCUUUCCUUACCGGCAAACUAUCACGGAAGUACGACGAAUCGCUUACAGCUAUACAAGAAAUGCAACAAGCUGGGACUGCCGUGUACAGAGUCGAGGAUAUGGAGUUUGGUCGGCGUCUUGCCGUUGAGAAGGAGCUCGAGCUUCCUGGUCCUGAUGGUCAUGUCCCCGGGACUUGGAUUAAUGCUAUUUGGGAUGAGAGUGGGUCGUUCGUGAUUUACCCCUCAUUGUUGGGCAUCAAAGUCGUCAAUGUGGUGACCAACCGUGUUGUUCGCCUGCUUGGAAAGGAUGAAUCGUCACGAUUCCUCAAUAUUUCUAUCUACCAGGGCGCUCCCGCCAAGCGGACAAUCACUACAAUGGCAAUGGCCGCCUCUGCGAAUCCCAUCCUUGCCGACCGAACUGCUAGGGACCCCCAUUUAUUCUGUACGGCCUACAAGCGGCAACGAUUUUACCUUUUCACGCGUUCUGAGCCUGAGGAUACUAAAUCUGGCGACCGCGAUGUCUUCAAUGAGCGACCGACUCGAGAGGAACAAAGCAUUGCUUCCACUACUACCACAGCAACAAACAAAGGUCCAUCGCCUGUUGCCGAUACGGCCACCAUCCACACUACCGUCGGAGACAUUCAUCUUCGCUUGUUUCCCGCACAAGCACCAAAAGCGGUGGAGAACUUUGUUGGCCACGCUCGCAGCAGUUACUUUGAGGGUGUCAUCUUCCAUCGUGUCAUUCCGAAGUUCAUGAUUCAAACUGGGGAUCCUCUUGGUGAUGGUACAGGAGGGACUUCUAUUUGGGGUAGGGAGUUCGAAGAUGAGUUCUCGGACGAUCUAAAGCAUGAUAGACCUUACACUGUCAGCAUGGCGAAUGCCGGUCCGGGUACGAAUGGAUCGCAAUUCUUCAUCACUACAACUGCAACGCCCUGGCUCGAUAAAAAGCACACCAUCUUCGGGCGUGUUAUAUCCGGCUUGGAAGUCGUCCAUGCAAUCGAAAACGUCAAGACAAACAAGACAGACAAGCCCUAUGAAGAUAUCAAAAUCAUAAAUGUCGAUGUAGAAUAA